AUGUGGGCUUUCUCGGGUUGCUUGCAUUUUCCGAGCAUGACAAUUAACUUGAUAUUUUUGUGUGGUGGUUUGCAAAUAUCACGAGAGCGCAUGUAUGAGCAUUCAGUGGCUUACAUCUCAGCCUCAAAUUUACCCAACACUUCAGGAAAUCGGAACCAAACUUUAACUGAAAUCAAAAUCAAAGUACAGGAAAAAGACGAGACCUUAAGAGCAGACUCCCAGCGCAAAGCGGUGAUUCGCUCCUUCUUCAACCUCCUUCGCCUGUGUGUUUCUGGUCUGGCCUUUGAAUGUUUUCGAGACGGGGCCCGGCCCGCCGCGGGUUCUGACGAGGUGGUUGAGUGGAAUCGGAUAGGGGCUGCUGGGCCCGGCGACGGACGCCAUGAUUAA